CUAUAACACAUCACCAAUGACAUCAAUUUGCCAUACUUGUACACCAUUAACAAACAGCCCAUCACUUGCACUUUAUUUCACUUAUUUCCAGAGUUCCACUACCCAUAAUAAUAUUAUCUGAACCACCCAUUUUUCCUUAAACUUUUUCAUCUAAAAGAAAAGAGGAAAUUCAAGAAUUGGAAUAUGGAGAAAUCACUAGAGGAAGUGCGCCCUGUUAAGGCUUUUGGUUGGGCAGCUAAAGACACUUCAGGAUUACUUUCCCCCUUUAAAUUUUCCAGAAGGGCAACUGGUGAUAAGGAUGUAAAAUUGAAGAUUCUUUAUUGUGGUAUCUGUCAUACUGAUCUUCAUCAACUGAAAAAUGAUUGGGGAUUUUCUCAAUAUCCUAUGGUCCCAGGACAUGAGAUUGUGGGUGAAGUAACUGAGGUUGGUAGCAAGGUGGAGAAAUUUGAAGUUGGGGAGAAAGUUGGUGUGGGGUGCCUAGUUGGAUCAUGUCGGUCUUGUGAAAACUGCACCAAUGAUCUUGAGAACUAUUGUUCCAAGGGAAUAGCUACCUACUGUGCAACCUACCUUGAUGGAACACCAACGUAUGGAGGCUACUCGGACAUGAUUGUUGUUGAUGAACAUUUUGUCGUCCAUGUCCCAGAAAACAUGCCCCUAGCUGCUGCUGCCCCUCUCCUUUGUGCUGGAAUUACAACUUACAGCCCGUUGAGAUACUUUGGACUAGAUAAACCAGGUCUUCAUAUUGGUGUAGUAGGUCUUGGUGGACUUGGUCAUGUUGGUGUCAAGUUUGCCAAGGCUUUAGGGUUAAAGGUAACGGUAAUUAGUACAUCUCAAAGGAAACAGAAGGAAGCCAUUGAACAUCUCGGUGCUGAUUCGUUUUUAAUUAGCACUGAUCCGGAUCAGCUGCAGGCUGCUAUGGGCACAAUGGAUGGCAUUCUCGAUACAGUCGCUGCUACUCACCCUAUCUUACCAUUGGUUGGGCUAUUGAAGACUAAUGGGAAGCUUAUCUUGCUUGGUGCACUUGAAAAACCCCUCGAGCUACCAGUCUUUCCAUUGCUUAUGGGGAGGAAGCUCGUCGCUGGAAGUGGGAUAGGGGGGAUGAAAGAGACACAAGAAAUGCUUGAUUUUGCUGCAAAACACAAUAUAACAGCAGAUGUUGAAGUCAUUCCGAUGGAUUAUGUAAACACUGCAAUGGAGCGUCUCGCCAAAGCUGAUGUUAAAUACCGUUUUGUCAUUGAUGUUGCUAAGACCCUCAAAGCAGAAUGAUUAAGAGUUUUACUUCAUAUAAUUCUAGUAUUUUAUGAUACUUUGAGCAUGAAACGGCGAGUUUCAUUCCUUCUUGUGAAACAUUGCUUUAGAGAAUAUAUAAUGAAUUAUGAGUAGCUUCUCAAAUAUUGGAAUGGGAAGUCUUUUAUCUUCUAUGAA